AUGGUGCCAGAGGCCCAGGGUACCACUUCGUGGCAGCAAGCUUUGCUUCAUGGCUCCAGAGACCAAGCAAUGUUUCGCAAAGCCAUUAGCAGCUGUGGAGGCAGGUGGCAAGCCGCUGUCCAGGUCCUGGCGGAUGUCAUGGACCGUCGAAUGGUGCCUACCGUCUAUUGCUUCAGUGCCUCCAUCACAGGCUUGCAUAGAGGCUUGCAGUGGCAGGCGGCAAUCGCGACGCUCUCGGAAAUGCGGGAAUACCAAGUGUCUUGGAAUCAGGUCACCCUUAGCGCUGGCCUCAGCGCCUGCAAGACAGAAAACUGGCAGCUGGCGUUGCUUCUCUUUUCGCAAAUGGUCUCAGGCCGAAUCUCGCCAAACGCUAUCAGCUUCAGUGCUGCCAUCAGUGCAUGUGAAAAUUCAGGCAGUUGGCAAAUGGUGCUGGGCUUGUUGUCCCAGAUGUCCAUCGCUCAAGUACCGACGGAUGUGGUCAGCUGCGGCGCUGCAAUCAGUGCUUGCGGAAAAGGCAGCGACUGGAAGACGGCCUUGCUGUUGUUGUCCCAAAUGCCGUUACAAAGUCCCCAGACGGACCUGAUCAGCUUCAACGCUGCCAUCAGUGCCUGCGAAAGAAGCGGCAAAUGGCAAGCAGCCUUGCUGUUGCUCUGGCAGAUGCCGGUCAUCAGACUUUUCGCAGACGUGAUCAGCUGCAAUGCGACCAUCAGCGCGUGCGAAAAGAGAGGAGAAUGGCAGUUGGCUUUGUGCUUGCUGUGGUCAAUGCCACAAGCCAGGCUGGUGGCGAAUACGAUUAGCUACAGUGCUGCCAUCAGUGCUUGCGAGAAAGGUGGCAACUGGCAGGUGGCAGUGCGCCUUUUGUCCUGCAUGCUCGGGUCUCGAACUCCAGCGAGUGCGAUUGGCUUUAAUGCAUCCAUCAGUGCUUGCGAAAAACGCGGCGUUUGGCAGAUGGCCUUGCAUUUGUUGUUGCAAAUGCCUGCAGAGCAGGUCUCGGCGGAUGUGAUCAGCUGCAACGCCAUGAUCAGCGCUUGCGAGAAAGGUGGCGAUUGGCACCAGGCUUUGCUUUGCUUGUCGCAAAUGCCUGCAGUCAGAGUUUCUUCAAACGUAAUCAGCUCCAACGCUGCCAUCAGCGCCUGUGAGACAAGUGGAGAAUGGCUGGUCUCUGUGCUCCUGCUGUCUCGCAUGCUGUUGGCUCGACUGCCGGCAGAUGUGAUCAGCUUCAACGCUGCCAUCAGCGCCUGCCAGAAGCGUGGGAAGUGGGAGACGGCUUUGCUCUUGUUGUUCCGCACGUGCAGCGCGCGGGUCGUGCCCGACAUGACCAGCUUUGAGGCGGCCAUCUGCGCAUGUGAAGGGAGUGGGAACCGGGAAGCCGCAUCCGCCUUGAUUCUCACAGUGGCAGAAGGCCGUGAUCAGAGUCCUGCCUUACACAGUCUGCGCUGUGCCAUGGGUCGCCCUUCGCUGAGCAACCUGUAA